AGUUUUAACAAUGUGCAGCGAGGGGAGGGAGCUUGAACACAUGAAAACACCGGGCAGAACACUGAGAAGUGCAGCAGCUACUGUGGACCAUUGGAGACACUCACCGGGAAGUUGUUCUAUCUAAUGCAGAUUUAUUUAGUUUAACUGUAUUUAUUUAUUAAUUUAUUGUUUGAGUGGUAUUUACUUAAAUCAAAAAUGAACGGAAUGUCGAGAAGUUUGUGUACUUUUGAGGACAUCAGAAAUCAAGAUCAUGCGGAGGGGUGCAGGAGACUGCGACUCAUACUGCACGACCAGAGGCAGGCAGAACAGAGAACGGAGCAGCACAGGGACAAGCCAAUCGGAAGAGCUUAUGCGCGGGUGCAGCCGCCCACUGACAGGACAUCUCUGAAUCCUGAACCGGUCAAAUUCAAAGAGGAGCAGGUGGAGGUUAUCAAGGUUUAUCUAGAGGCCCGCAAACAGGAGCAGCAGAAACACCAGCAGAGCCUCAAGAUGCUGUCAGAUGAAGUUUCACAGAUACAGGAGGUGAGGUAUUGCCUGAAGACGCUGAGGGAGCAGAUGGCAACCAAAAACAAGCCGCUCACAAAUGGGUGGAAAGUUGGUCUUCCCUUCAGAAGGAGCACCCUGUCUGCCCCAAAAGAAGAGGCUAAAGCUGAGGCACAGGAAGCAGAGGAAGAAGCAGAGAGAGCCAAGCUGAGGGAGGUCAGUAAGCGCUUGUAUGCUCAGUUACAGGAAGCAGAAAAGAAACACCAAGAGGACAAAGAGAGGCUGCAGGCAGAGAGUAGCAGGCUGAGGGAGCGUCUGAGCGAGGAGGAGGACAAGUUGAAGAGCACAGAAGAAGACAGCGAGAGGAAAGACAUGCGCAUAGAUGAGCUGCAACGGUUGCUGGGAGGGAUGGCGCAUGAGAGCGCCACACUGCGGGAGGAGAUGAACAGCCGCGAGGAGGAACUCCAUGAACUGCGCAAAAUCAGAGAGGAAGGCCAGAAAGGCGGGCAGAGGACUGAGCAGCUGGAGAGGGAGUUGGCAAUUCUCAAAGAAAAGAUCCACCAUCUGGAUGACAUGCUGAAGAGCCAGCAAAGGAAAGUCAGACACAUGAUUGAACAGCUCCAGAACUCCCGCAUGCUGAUCCAGGAGAGGGACCGCGUGAUCAAAGAGCUGGAAGAGAAAGUGGCUUUCUUGGAGGCUGAGAACCGAGAGAUGCAGGACCAGAUGGAUUACUUCAUGGGAGGACAAAGGUCCAAUUCCCACCUUUCAUCAGAGCGCAACCCCCAAAUCGUCUACAGUAAACCAAUCAAGCCUUCCAACUCCUCCAACAAACCUUUGCCUUUCAUCAAGGUCAUCGAGAUCAGGUCAUGAAGUAACCAUGCAGAGGAAAGUCACGGUAUUUGACCACAACACCGUUUCAAUGCAGACUGAAACCAAGCAGCAUCUCUACGGCAGACCACAUCUGAUCUCGUCUACAGUCGGGAUGUAGGAGUUCAGCUUCCUGGACUGUAACUACAUCAGCACUUCUACUAAAACCAGAAACACUCUUUGAAGGAAACUGUGCGCACCACAAUUUGUCUGUGCAUGAUGUGUGAAUGUGAGCUAUAACGUAGAUGCAUUAAGCAUACUUGUUCAGCUGACGUGCAUUUGAAGUUUUACAUGCGAUACUGCGUACCUUGUGCAAGUGUUUCCUUAUGCUGCGCUGUUGUGAUCGCUUUUAUAACCUUUGAGAUGACAACUUGACCUUGUUGUAUCAUAACAGAAAUGUGCGGGUUGGCGGACCUUUUGCCAAAGUCAGUUAUGAUAUUGUAAAUCAUGUAGUGAUGUAGCAACAUAGCUAACUAAGCUAAAUGUUUUCUGUUGAAAUCAAUUACCAGAUGAUCUACAUCCUGUGUCCUUUUACUCGUCACUCAUCCAUGACUCCAUUCACUUCCCUCAGUGAUUGGUAUAAUGCUCUAAACAUGUAAAUAUUGUCUAUAAUUUAUAUAAGGUCAACACACUCUGAUGUUUUCUGAAAAUGUAAGAGUGUUUUAAGACCCUAACAAUUUCAUGAAACUGUGAGAAGGAAUUGUCAUUCUACAUAUUUCUUUUAAAGCAUUUCAGUUCCCUAUCAUUUUGUAAACAGUCACCUUGUUUUGCACUUAUUAAUAAUAAUAAUAAUAAUAAUAAUAAUAAUAAUGUGAUUUCAAAUUGUAUCUUACUAACAGCUUUCUCCUUUGUAUUUAUUGAUAUAAAAUAAAACCUCUAGACAGAUUGUGUAGUAGGAGGGUUUUCUAUGAAGUACAUUCUAAUCUAUUAUCUGUGUUUGUGACUUUCACAAUAAAUUACUGUAAAUAAUACAAA